AUGGCAUUCCUCGUCGGUGCCUCGGCGCCAUUGGCGAUCCAGAGACUCGCCAUCCCCGCCUCCUGCCUCAUAGUCCUGUUCCUGGGCUACGGUUCGCAGUACCUCUUCGCCAUCUCGCCCGACCUCGCGCCCGGCCCGCUCACCAAGACCGAGAAAUGGAUCUUCAAUGUUCUGCUCUUCUGCCAGUGCUGGACGUACUUCAAGACCUGUUCGGUCGAUCCGGGACGGUACACCUUCCCUCCGUCGUCCAGUCACGAGAAGCAAGGGGAGGGAAAGGGCAGAGACACAAAGGCUGGGGAGGGCAGCGAUGACGAAGACGAGGAAGACGAGGCCGCCGAUGGGGGAAGUAGGCAACGGCCGAGGCGCUGGUGCAAGAAGUGCCGCCGGCCCAAGCCGCCGCGCGCCCACCACUGCCGCACCUGCGCCCGCUGCAUCCCCAAGAUGGACCACCACUGCCCCUGGACGUCCAACUGCGUCAGCCUGCAGACGUUCCCGCACUUCCUGCGCUUCCUGGCCUACUCGAACCUGGCCGUUUGGACGCUACUGUACCUGCUCGGCCGCCGCUUCCUCGCCCUCUGGGAGCACCGCAACCUGCCCGCCUACCUGGGCCCCACGCACGCCCAGCUCGCCUGGCUGACCGUCUUCUCCUUCCUGGCCGGCUGCGCCGCCCUCGCCAUCGGCAUCCUCUUCGCCUCCACCUUCCAGGGCUGGCUCUUCAACACCACCAUGAUCGAGGGCUGGGAGAUCGAGCGCCACGAGGCCGUGCUGGAGCGCCGCGCGGGCGGGAACCGCGACGCCGGCGACGACUCGUACUGGCGGGGGAGCGCCGGCAGCGACGGGGACGGGGGGAGGGAGCUGCCGCCCGAUGCCGUCGAGUUCCCCUACGACGUCGGCAUCUUCGCCAACAUGGCCGCCGCCAUGGGCACGGCCAACCCGCUGCUGUGGCUGCUGCCGUUCGCGGGCCACCCGACGGUGGCGCCCAACGCCGACGGCCGCCAGCGCGGCACCGGCUGGGAGUACGAGGAGAACGGGCUCAACGACGCCGAGGGCAUGUGGCCGCCCGCGGACCCGGCCAAGGCGCGCCACGCCAGCGUGUGGCGCCGGCGGCGUCGGGAGAUGCUCGAGGAGGAGCAGCGGCGCCAUGCCGAAGCCGAGCGCUGGGACGGGCCCGAGCAGCACCGCGAGGCGUUCCGUCGCCGCCAGGAGCGUGACCUCCGCAGGUGGGAGGGCCGGAUCCUGGGCGAGCUGGAGGAGGUCGACGACGGGGGUGACGACCAGGACCAAGGCUACGACUUCGUGGACGAGGCAUACAGGGCUGGGGGCGGUGGCGUGCCUGGUAGGUCGCAACGGGGCAUUGUCGUUGACGAGGGAAAGAAGGGCUGGGUGAACGCCGAUGGCGAGCACCUGGGGGACUACGGCGUUGACGAGGACGCCGAGUCUGACGAGCUGGAUGACGUCGACAUGAUCCCCGACGAGGAUGACGACGACGACGAUGUUCCGCUUGGGGAGCUCAUUCGCAGGCGGAAAAUCCGGCUCAACGACGGAGAGGAUACGUGA